AUGAGGGUGUCAGCUAGAGAAGUUCAACCUAUGAACUACUCUAUUAACAUUGCUGUAUGUUUCACUACAGAUGAUUCCACAGAUGUUGGAGAAGAGGACAGCUUCUUGGGUCAGACUUCUGUUGGUCCUAGCCCACCACAGACUUUUAGCUAUUUCUCCCAAGUACCUAGUAGCAGUGAUCCAUUUGGAAGCAUUGGGCAGCCACCCUUAACUACAGUGACACCACCUGUUGGGCCAUCAGCCUUCUCCAAGACUCCAACUUCUCUCCCGCUUCUGCCUGGAUCACAAGAGGGGCAGAAUGUUUUUUCAGCAAAUGUUCCGAAAUCACAAUCAUCUUAUAAUGCCCCACCUACUUCUCUGGUUGGAAUCAGUGCUUAUCAGACUCCUCCAGAUAGUUGUCCCCCACCUGCAAACUUUGCUACUCCUCCCCAUGGAACAUCUCAGCAAGGAUAUAACCCAUAUCGCCAUACUACCAUAAGCAGUAGAGCUAAUCCUUACCUAACUCCACCACAGCUGCAGCAGAGUCAGACGCCAAGCCAGUAUGUCCAACCACCGCCCUCUGUGCCACCUGUUCACGUAUAUCAGACACCUCCAGGAUCAUUGUCACCGUUUCCUCAUUCACAGCCAGCAUUAUCAUCGCCAUCACAACCACUGCAAGCCUCCAGACCUGCAGGUCCACUGCUACAGACACCACCUGUUUUGCUUCAGAACCAAUAUGAGCCAGUUCAGCCUCACUGGUUUUACUGCAAAGAGGUGGAAACCAAGCAGAUAUGGAUGCCAUUCAGUGUACUAGAUUCUGUGAAACUAGAGGAAGUUUAUAAUUCUGUCCAGCCUGAUCCUGAGAGUGUGGUUUUGAGCACUGAUGGGGGACGCUAUGAUAUUUACUUGUAUGACAGACUACGAAAAGCUGUAUAUUGGGAAGAAGAGCCAUCUGAAGUUAGGCGAUGUACAUGGUUUUAUAAGGGAGAUAAAGACAGCAGAUUUAUUCCUUAUACUGAGGAUUUCAGUGAGAAGCUAGAGGCAGAAUAUAAAAAAGCUGUAACUACAAAUCAAUGGCACCGGCGACUUGAAUUCCCAAAUGGGGAAACAAUUGUUAUGCAUAAUCCUAAGGUUAUAGUUCAGUUUCAACCUUCUGCAAUACCAGAUGAAUGGGGGACCACUCAAGAUGGUCAGACAAGACCAAGGGUAGUAAAGCGUGGAGUUGAUGAUGAUCCUGAUGAAAUUCCCGAUGGGGAGAUGUCCCAAAUAGACCACUUAGUGUUCAUGGUUCAUGGCAUAGGUCCUGUGUGUGAUUUAAGAUUUAGAAGCAUCGUUGAAUGUGUUGAUGAUUUUAGGACCGUGUCUCUGAAACUGUUGCAUACUCACUUUAAGAAGUCUUUAGAUGAACUUAAAGUGAGCAGAGUUGAAUUCCUACCCGUUCACUGGCAUAGCUCUCUGCAUGGGGAUGCGACAGGUGUAGACAGGAAUAUUAAAAAAAUCACUUUGCCAAGCAUUGGACGUCUGCGUCACUUCACCAACGAGACCUUGCUUGAUAUACUGUUUUACAACAGCCCAACCUACUGUCAGAACAUUGUAGAUAAAGUAGGCAUGGAGAUGAAUCGCCUACAUGCACUUUUCAUGAGUCGCAACCCAGACUUUAAAGGAGGAGUCUCUGUUGCUGGGCACAGUUUAGGUGCCUUAAUUUUAUUUGACAUAUUAUCCAACCAGAAGGACUUGACUUCUUCAGGGAACUCUGGGCCUGCUCCUUCUGCUACUAAUGGGCUUGUGAAUGAUGUGGGUGUUCGUGACAAGCAGAUGCUAGAGAAUACAAACUCCUUGGCGCCCGUAAUUACUCUUUCUGGUGAUGAGCCCUGCGGUCCUGAUGAGGAGCAUGAAGUUCCAACCUUACAGAAGGCUCUUGAAAUGCUUAGUGUCUCGGAGUAUAUCGACACAUUUGAAAAGGAGAGAAUUGAUAUGGAAUCUCUGAUGAUGUGUACAGUUGACGACUUGAAGGAAAUGGGUAUACCUCUUGGACCCAGAAAGAAAAUUGCCAACUUUGUAAAAGACAGAGCAGCCAAACAGGAAAAGAAAAAAGCAUUAGCAGAGAAAAAAGCAAUGAUGGCGGCCUUGGUGCAAACUCAGGAAGCGGCACAAAAAGCAAAAGAGGCAGUUACUUCUGAUGCCACUUCAGAAUCUGGUGGCUUGCAUGAACAGUCAAAGAGAAAACUUCCUGUUGGUGCCUUGGUUUCUUCUGUGAACAUUGAUUAUCAGUAUUUUGAAGUUGGUACUGGCCAGGUUUCUGUGGCUUACAGUGUGUUAGACUUCGAACCAGAGAAUUUCUUUGCCCUGGGUUCUCCAAUUGGUGUGUUCCUUUCUGUACGAGGAGUGGAGAAGAUUGAUGAGAACUAUAGACUUCCUACCUGCAAGGGAUUCUUCAAUAUUUACCAUCCACUUGACCCAGUGGCUUACAGGUUAGAACCUAUGAUUAUUCCAGAGUUGGACAUAAAACCAGUUCUCGUUCCACACCACAAAGGCAGAAAAAGACUGCAUCUUGAGUUGAAAGAUUCUCUCUCCCGUAUGGGAUCAGAUCUAAAACAGGGUUUUAUCAGUUCUUUGAAGAAUGCUUGGCAGACUCUUAAUGAAUUUGCACGUGCCCAUACCUCUUCAACUCAGCUGCAAGCAGAAUUGGAGAAGGUAGCUAAUCAAAUUAAAGAGGAGGAAGAAAAACAAGUGGUAGAAGCUGAAAAGAUUGUUGAAAGUCCGGAUCUUUCGAAGGAUGAGGAUGUCUUAGUAAAGGUUGGGAUGCUGAACGGAGGACGCCGUAUUGACUAUGUUCUACAGGAAAAACCAAUAGAAAGCUUCAAUGAAUACCUUUUUGCUCUACAGAGUCACUUGUGUUACUGGGAAUCUGAAGACACAGCUUUGCUUCUUCUCAAAGAAAUAUAUAGGACUAUGAAUAUCAGCCCAGAACAGCCGCAGCACUGAUGUGUGUAUACCUGAAUUCCAUAUCUAAUGUUCCAACUGGCUUGCUGACAAAACAUUUUGAGGAACCUCCAGUAUUUCUCUAGUCAAACAUGACAAGAAUCAGAAUUACAACAGCAUUUUUUUCUUCAGUCCAGAACUCUGAUUUAGAUACUGCCUUCUUGUUUCACUCAAAAAAAUUUUAAAAUUGUGAAACAAUCAACACUGCAGUUUGGGAACCAUAAUUGGAAUGACACAAUUAAACCUUCUUUUUGAAAUUUAAUUGUACAGUUGCCAAACGUGACCAAUGAAAUAUAUUUGUGGCAUCCAAAUUAUUAUUUUCUUCUAGCUAUCUUGUCUCAUUUAGGUGUCAAACAUGUAUUUUCUACGAAGGCAGUAUGUUCUUAUUAAAGAAAGGACUUGAGACACAGCAAUAAUCUGCUCUUUUUAAAACAAGUGUUUCCAUUUCUAAAAACAAAAUGUGAAUUUUAUUUAUAAGCUGCUUUACAUCAAGUCAUUUGUAUUUGCUAAAACUAGCAGCCAGAAUGAUUUUCUUCCUACUGUGAGCCUACUGCUGAGAUUUUACAAGCUCUUAAACCCUACGACUUCUUUGCAAGGGAAGUGAAAUGAUCUUUUGCUAUAGAAAAUAUAGAGAUUUGUUAUAGCUAGUUCAGCAUUCACAUCUCUUGGCCUGUAACUGAUGUAGAGAACAAAGAGGGAUGAGACACAUAACAUUUCAUUUUGGUAAUUAACUGUUUGUGUGGCCUGUUGGCUGUUCUACCUGAGAACUAAAAUCAUAACAUUAAUCUCAUAAAAUUUGUUUCUCACCAAUGUGAAUGUUGAGCCUCUUUCAAGCAUAUGGGAGCUAGAUGUAACAACUAGGGCUGAGAUCGGGUUGUGAUCCAUAUUCUGUUUUCAUUUAGUGAAAUCAUAGUGUUGGAUGGGGUGAGAGCUUCUGGAUUAGAGUCCCUGUGAACUCUCUGGCUGCAUCUUUAAUGCUAAUUGCCUCACCUAUAAUGUUGACAAUAUUUGCUUCUGUUGCUGCAGCAAGGACAUUUUGCUAAUGUUUGCAUAUAGUGAGUUCUUAUGGAACACAGUGACUUUUUUGAGUAUAUCUAAAAUACACAUUUUUGUGUGUAUAUUUUGGUUAGUAUAAUUAAAACAUACUGUAAUGAAUCUUUAAAGCAAGCUUUUGUACUUAUCUCAAUAGUGAAUGAUUACUUCUUCUCCCACUUCAUGAGAAGGCCCUUAGAUGCUUUUGAUAUCACCUCUCCUGUUCUGAAUAUUCAGGAUUACAUUUAAUACAGUAAUUUCUCUUCAAUUAUUUUUAAAUUAGAAUAAUUUUGCCAGAUAUAUGUGGCUGAUGGUACAAUGAGUGGAAAAGCCCAAAACCUUCAGUAAAUCCUUAAAGAUAAGUUUCCCAACAGAUUUCAGACCCAUAUAAUUGGUAGUCAGAUCAUGUAGCCUAUAGAACCGGAUAAAAUACCAAAGAAUGAAAGAUGUAACAGUUUUCAAGAAUCUACAACAGUGUUGAAUGUGUACAGUGUGCUGAAGUGAAUACAUAAAGGCAAACCAAAUAAAUGUAAUGAAAAAACUUUCCAGAGGUUGUUUAAUAUAACUUACCACUUUUAAUCUAAAGUAGGGUGCUGUUGGGAAUUCAGCUUGCUUUUUGCUAGUAUAUUAUUCAUAACUGUGAAAGGAAAUUACGGUUGAAAACAGAUUUAAGCAUUUAGUCACUUAAAAUAGAUACAUUAUUUUUUAUCCUGAAAAUUUUAAAUCCACGAACAAUUUUUAAUUCCAAGGAAUUUAAACUUUAAUAUUUUUUUGUCUUGAUAGUGUAAGGUAAACAAUUAUUUCAGAGGAAAAAAUUCUCACUGGGAUCUUAGCCUUAUGGUGAAUCUCCACUGUUUGAGCUGUCUAAAAUGUGUAGUAUAUUCUGAAAAGUGACUGUUCGAAAAGUUGCACAUUAAUCACCUUGUAUCUAUGCUUUCUUUUAUAUGUAUUCAGUCACUUUUUGCUUACUGCAGUGACAGAAGUUUCUGCUUUUAAAUCACGUUGGCUCUGCUGAAAUAGCAAGCUGGUGAUGCACAGCAGUACAGACCUUUGGGGAGAGUGGGAUAUAAUUUGAUCAGUAUAAAUUUUAAUCAUGUAGAAGAAGGGGGGAAACCCAGCUUGAUUUUUCUAAUCCAAUUUCAGAGUUAUUCUCUAGAGGCAAAAAUAUCCUUUCUAGUAAACCAAGGACACUGAUCUGGAUGCCGGAGACAAUGAACAUGGAAUCCUGUACUAUUAGAAUAGGAAAGGAGGACUACAAAGUGCACUUUGGGAAACAAAGUGCAUUGGCAAGAGAAUAUAUUAUAUUACCUUAAAA